AUGACAGAAGGUCCACUUCAGGAGCGUGUGUUUUUUCUAGGCCCUAAUGUGGUUUCUUGGUGGUCUAAAAAGCAGCAGCUUGUAGCUCGACCCAGUGCAGAAGCAAAGUAUCGUAGCAUGGCUCAGUUGGCUGCUGAACUAAUCUGGAUUCAGUAUUUACUCAAGGAACUACACUGUCCUUCCGAGGUGCCUAAGAUUUUGUGUGAUAAUUUGAGUAUAAUUACUCUUGCUCAUAAUCCUGUUCUUCACAACAGGACCAAACAUAUGGAGCUAUAUAUUUUCUUUGUGCGUGAGAAAGUCCUCAGCAAGAGUCUUAUUGUAGCACAUGUUCCAGCUUAG